GGCAUUUCCGGCGUCAGGCCUUGUCGAUCACGUUGAGAAGAAAUGGCGAGAAGUCGCAGUGCCAGUAAAGAGCGAAAGAAGACCCCAGGUUCUGAGAGGGGUAGAGAAAGAAAGCGUAAGACAUCUAAGAGCAGCUCAGGCAGCUCAAGUCGUUCGCGUUCCUCCAGUGGCAGUUCCAGCAGCUCUGGGAGUUCAAGUGGUUCCAGCAGCAGCAGUUCAUCUCGCUCUGGCAGUUCCAGCUCCAGUCGAUCAUCCAGCAGUAGUCGCAGUCGAAGUGGAGCACGCCGCAAGGCCAGCUCCCCUCGUAGGAAGAAGCGGACACCCUCUCCCAAACCUACCAAAGUCCACAUUGGUCGCUUGACAAGAAAUGUCAACAAAGAUCACAUAGCUGAGAUUUUCUCUGUAUAUGGUACAGUCAAGCACAUCACCAUGCCUCCUAACAGAAACCAUCCAAACUUCUCCCGUGGGGACGCCUACAUUGAAUACGAGACCCACGAGGAAACAGAGAAAGCCAUUAAACACAUGGAUGGAGGCCAGAUUGACGGACAGGAAGUAACCGCGGCUGCCGUCUUAGCUCCACGCCCUAACCGACCUCCCCCUCGCAGAUCUCCCCCACGGCGCCCGCCCCCUCGGUGGAGGCCAUCACCACCACGCUAUAACAGAGACCGCAGAAGGUCACCUCCUCCGCGUAGGCGCUCAACUCCACAACGACGCAGAACAAGAUCAAGGUCACCAGCUAAGCGAAGGCGAUACAGUCGCUCUAGCUCAAGUUCGUCGCGGUAAUCGACCAGUAUUGUCCCGAAGUAGCGCAAAAUCGAUUUUGUGAUCGUCUUCAUGCUCUCUGAACCCUCUCAUACGUCUGUUCUAAAUGGUGGGAAAAUUCCUGAUGACAUUUUUUUUUAUUGUAAAUGGAUCAUUUUUAAAGCAACAAUAUAAACAUGAAAUAAAUCAUGUCUUAUGUCCAAUAAAGCUACUCAUAGUCC